ACAACUUUAGAGGCAAUAGCUGUUGAUAUCCUUGUUGGUUUAGUCCUGUUUAGCCAUUUAUCAGAUCAAGGUUUGUCUUACAGUGAUUCCGUGGAAAGAAAUACUUUCCAACUAGCAUCGCACAAACCACAAUUGGGAAUGUCGAAAGAAAAUGAAGUUAUCAAAGUGGAUAAAGAGCUAGACUUGUCAAACGCAGGUCGUGGAGUAUGGUUGGUCAAGGUGCCCAAAUACAUGGCCAACAAGUGGGAGAAGGCACCGGGCAAUAUCGAAGUUGGCAAACUGAAGAUCUCAAAACAGGUCGGUCAGAAGGCACAGGUUUCGUUGACACUAUCGGAUGCAGUGAUAAAUAUUGACCCGACCGACGAAAUACCUCGAGAUCAUCGGCUGGACGUUUCAGUAGUAACCAAACAGACCCUAGGUGUAUUUUCGCACAGCGUUCCAACGGUGUCCGGUACAAAUCGAGAGGAUGCCGUUCCAGAGCCCGAGAAACUGUUUAUGGAGGGCAGAAUCGUACAGAAGCUGGAGUGUCGACCGUAUGCGGACAAUUGCUACAUGAAGAUGAAACUGGAAUCAAUAAGGAAAGCUUCCCAACCAGCACGACAGGUUAAAUCGCUGGAGAAGAUCGUGCACAACUUCAAGCCUGUGUCCGAUCAUAAGCACAACAUUGAGGAUAAGGAACGCAAGAAAGCCGAAGGCAAGAAAUCGCGGGAUGACAAGAAUGCGGUGUUGGACAUGCUGUUCAAUGCGUUCGAGAAGCAUCAGUACUACAACAUUAAGGACCUUGUUAAGAUUACUCGGCAGCCAAUCAGUUAUUUGAAGGAGAUUUUAAAGGAAGUCUGUGAUUACAAUAUGAAGAAUCCACACAAGAAUAUGUGGGAGCUGAAGAAAGAAUACCGUCAUUACAAGGACGAUGACAAGAAGGAGGAUGGGAAGGAUGCGUCCGAAAGCGACAGCGACUGAUAAUAAGCUAAGGCGGCGAACAUUUAAUGUAUUGUUAUUAGUUUAUCGCAUAGGAAGGAAGAAUAAAAUUUCACUUUUUAAUUUGAA